CCGCCUCCCGGGCAUGAGCGGCCGCCCCCGCCGCCGCCCGCUGCCCUGCGCGUCGCUGCGGUGGCAUCCCGACCGUGGGCCAGCGCCGGGAACAUGCCCCUGGCCGCCUACUGCUACGUGCGGGUCGUGGGCAGAGGCAGCUACGGGGAAGUGACGCUCGUGAAACACCGGCGGGACGGCAGGCAGUAUGUCAUAAAAAAGCUGGACCUGCGGCGCGCCUCCAGUCGGGAGCGCCGGGCUGCUGAGCAGGAAGCCCAGCUGCUGUCUCAGCUGAAGCACCCCAACAUCGUCACCUACAAGGAGUCCUGGGAGGGAGGAGAUGGUCUGCUCUACAUCGUCAUGGGCUUCUGCGAAGGGGGCGACCUCUACCGGAAGCUGAAGGAGCGGAAGGGACAGCUCCUGCCCGAGAGUCAGGUGGUGGAGUGGUUCGUACAGAUGGCUAUGGCUCUGCAGUAUUUACAUGAGAAACACAUCCUUCAUCGAGAUUUGAAAACUCAAAACGUGUUCCUAACAAGAACAAACAUCAUAAAAGUGGGUGACCUGGGAAUCGCCCGUGUGUUAGAGAACCACUGUGACAUGGCGAGCACCCUCAUCGGCACACCCUACUACAUGAGCCCUGAGUUGUUUUCCAACAAACCCUACAACUAUAAGUCUGAUGUUUGGGCUCUGGGAUGCUGUGUCUAUGAAAUGGCCACCCUGAAGCAUGCUUUCAAUGCGAAAGACAUGAAUUCUUUAGUUUAUCGGAUUAUUGAAGGAAAGCUACCACCAAUGCCAAAAGAUUAUAGCCCGGAGCUGGCAGAACUGAUAAGAACAAUGUUGAGCAAAAGGCCCGACGAGAGACCCUCUGUGAGGAGCAUCCUGCGGCAGCCGUAUAUAAAGCGCCAAAUCUCCUUGUUUUUGGAGGCCACAAAGGUAAAAACCUGCAAGAAUAACAUUAAAAAUGGUGACUGUAAAUCCAAGCCUGAGGCUGCAGUGCUGUUGAGAAACUCAGAGGCAAAUCAUGAAGUAGCCUACUCCCAGCCACCCUCUUCUGAGGACUCUAAGUCAUGUAUAAUGGGUGAAGAUGCAUGUUUGUCCCAGGAGAAACCUGUGCUCAGUGGUCCUUUGAAGUCACCUGCUGAUCUGAAGGGCCACACCAGCAAACCUGACAUGAGCAGUACUGCACAGUCACUAGCCACACUCAGUAGGGUAGAUAUUGACAUCUUACCUGCAGAAAGGAGGGACUCACUGAGUGAUGGCUUUGUUCAGCACAAUCAACAGAUCCACUUAGAUGCCUCUGAUGAGCCAGGAAAUAAAUGUAGCGUUUCUCAAGUGAAGGAGGAGGGGCUGAAGGAUUCCGCUCAGUCCCAUGCUCAUCCUGAAAACCUGGCUCCCACUUGCUCCCCUGAUGAUGGCACUGGCAAAAGGAAUGAACCAGUGACGAAGCCUCUGCAGCCCCUACACAAAGACCAAAAGCCACAGGACCUGGAGAGUGAUACACACCAGAACCAGGUUGCCGGGGAAUGUAUUGCAGAAAAUCUAGACAGAAUCCAGCCACACAACUCGGGGUCUGAACCCUCUCUGUCUCGACAGAGACGACAGAAGAAGAGAGAACAGACUGAGCACACUGGGAGAAAGAGACAGAUCCACGAGGCACCUUCUGGACUUUUGCCUUCUCAUCCCACUGUUGGAAACGUGGCUGUUAGAUCAACACAGAAAGAUGCUGAAAACCCAAGUAGAGUGGUCACUGGGUCUGGGAGCAGUUCAGGGAGCAGUGAACUGUCAUCAAAGGAUCGCCCAUUAUCAGCCAGAGAGAGGAGACGACUAAAGCAGUCCCAGGAGGAGGCGGUCCCCUCAGGCCCUUCAGUGAGGAGAGCUGUGAGUGCAGUGGGGCCAGGGAAACCACAGGAGGAAGGCCAGCGCCCCCUUGCCCGACGGUCCUCUUCCGACUGCAGUGUCUCUAAGGAAAGGAAAUUGAUUCAUUGUCUGUCAGAGGAUGAGUUAAGUUCUUCUACAAGUUCAACUGAUAAGUCAGAUGGGGAUUCCAGGGAAGGGAAAGGUCAUACAAAUGAAAUGAGUGACUUGGUCCAGUUGAUGACUCAGACUCUGAAACUGGAUUCUAAAGAGAGCUGUGAAGAUCUGCCAGUACCAAAUCCAGUGUCAGAAUUCAAACUUCAUCGGAAGUAUCGGGACACAUUGAUACUUCACGGGAAGGCUGCAGAGGACGCCGAGCAGUUCCAUUUUAAAGAGCUACCUUCAGCCAUCAUGCCAGGUUCUGAAAAGAUCAGGAGAAUAGUUGAAGUCUUGAGAGCUGAUGUAAUCCAGGGCCUGGGGGUUCAGCUUUUGGAACAGGUGUAUGAUCUUUUGGAAGAGGAGGAUGAGUUGAAGAGAGAGGUACGUUUGCGGGAGCACAUGGGUGAAAAGUAUAUUACAUACAGUGUGAAAGCUCGCCAGUUAAAAUUUUUUGAAGAAAAUGUGAAUUUUUGAGAAUAUUUUCUAUCUGCUGCCAGAACUAAAGACCUAUUUUCCAAGGUUUUUGGCUUAAAAAACAUAACAAUUGUUUGGAAUCCAUUCACUAUCCUUUCUUACUAGAAAUAAAUUGGACAGAACAAAUACUAUGAAGCUCACAAACAAAAACUGGUUUUCAUAUUCUCUUUAUGAGGAAAAGUUACAUAUGGUUACCAUUUACUGAGCCUUAAACCACCAACUUUAUAUCUAAAACUUUAUUUUUUUAGGUACUAGUUAGAUUAAAAAUCAGGCCAUAAAAUACUGGAUUCGAAGUUUUAUAUUGUACUAUGUGGCAAAGGCAAUAAGAGAAACAAAUGACACAUCCAGCAAAAACAUCUGCUAUUGUUAAUACCCCUUAGGGACUAGUAUUGAAAGUUAAUUCUCUGUUCUGGGAAUAGAUUUAAAGAAUAUGAAGUUCUCUGUAGUACUUGAGCAAUGAGUUCCUUUAUUAUACACUGAUGGACUUUUGAUAUUUUAUUUUCACUUAAUAUUAGCCUUAUUUAGGGUUUACAAGAAUUUAAGAGAUAUUUUAUCUUUGUAAGUUAGUAUGUGUCUGCAUAUUUGUUUUACUAGAGUUUUCCAUCAGUGAAAAUAUUUCUUAAACAUGAAUUCCUUUUCCCUUUAAGCAAUUUGUAAGUAAAGUCUAAUUCUUUUUAGUUACGUUGGACAUAUUUAACAUUUGUCCUCUGAAGUUUUUGUCUACACCUCGAGAUCUUGUUGUCUUCCCAUGUUUAAAUGUGUGAUUGUAUAGCACAUAUUAGUUUAAUUAAGAGGGAAUGUCCACCUAAGAAGUGAAUUUUUUAUGAAAUAAAACACAUCUUGACUAAUAAAUUUUUACUUCUGUUUUCAACUCUAAGAAUGAAAACUGUUCCAGAUUUUUUUUUUUUUUUUUUUUUUUUAAGAUUUAUUUAUUUGAGAGGCAGAGUUACAGACAGAGGAAGAGGUCUUCCAUCCGAUGGUUCAACUGCCAGAUCUGGGCAAGUCCAAAGCCAGGAGCCAGGAGCUUCUUCCCAGUCUCCCAAGUGCAGGGGCCCAAGCACUUGGGUCAUUUUCUGCUGCUUUCCCAUGUCAUAGAAGCGAGCUAGAUUGGAAGAGCAGCUGGGACACAAACUGGCGCCCAUACUGGAUGCCAGUGCCGCAGGUGGAGGCUUAGCCUACUACACCACAGUGCUGGCCUCCAGAAUUGUUUUUAGAAUCAAUGUUUUACUUUCUUUGAAAAUUACAGCCUCUUCAAAGUUUUAGUUGUUCCUGUGUGCCAGAGUACAAGCCAGGAGCUGGGGAUGCAGAGGUUAAUAAGACAAAAUGCUGCCUGUCCUUACAGCGCUCACAGCCCAAGGCCUCUUCUUUUAUCUUUGAAGGGCUUUUCUAGAACUAGACCUUGUAAUCUAGUUCCAGUGCCCAGGUCGGAGCAAAACCUUGGCAAACUGUUGGUUUUCCUGAGCUGGAGGGCAUGCUCUCUGGACAGUCAUCAAUUUUACUGAAGUUUUCUAACGUAUUGCUAGGUAGUGCUACAAACUAUUUUCUUAGAAUUAAAAGAAUCUCCUCAUAAUUUCUUACCCUCAAGUAGCAUAUUUUUUUUUUUUUUUAAACAUUAAGUUUCCAGCCCAGUCUUUUGGUUAUUUUGUGGUUCUUUUUCCUUGAAUGCUUAAUCCAUUUUUCAUUUUCCUUGUUAGCUGUAAAUCUACCUUUGAUCCUGUUUCAUUGAUUUUGUUGACAGUCUUUAACAUUCAUUUUUUUCUAAUGUUAGGAAUUCUGAUUUUUUAAAGGAAUGCUUCUGGAUUGUCAUAGGCUUAGAAAGUUCCUUGUUACAGCUGCACUGCAGGUUGUUGCUGUGUGACCUGCACAACCUCUUCUGUUGUUCAGUAUGCGAUUCACAAGUGCAAUGGCAUCAUGAGCAUUCAGUAAAUCUGAAUUCUGUUGUGUGGAAAAUCACUUCUCUGUUAAAUGUUCUUCAAAGUUUACAUGUAAGAUGUGAUAAACAGAAUUUUGUGAUAGAAAUGUUAUUUAAAGUGUCCAGAAUGGAGCCACUAGUCAUAUAUGACUGGCCUUUGAAUCACAGCUAGUCUGACUUAAGAACUUAAUUUUUAAAUACACACAUUUGAUUACUGGCACCAUAUUGGAUAGCCCAGUCUCCUAUUGUUCAUUAAAUAAAUUUUCAGCAGUUAUAAUGUGUCAGGUACUCUUACAGGUACAGGAUAAACAGCAGCCAGUUAAACAAAGGCUCUGUUCCCAUGGAGCUCAUGUUCCAGUGAGAAACACCUGUUAGGUGCCAUGAAAAACAGCAGGCUAAGUAGAUGCAGAACGAUGGGGCACAGCACUCCUCUGUAGUGACAAGUGGGUAGAAGCCUGAAUGAGAGGAGGGAGCAAGUCCCGGCUGAGGGAAGAUGUUUCCAGUACAAGGAACAAGCUCAACAGUCUUCCUCUCUACUGCUUGUUUAUUUGACCUGCCAGAUUCUGAAAGGUGUAGUACUGUUUAAAGAUUUAUUUUUUUUUGAAAAGCAAACUUACACAGAGGGCAGGGGGAGAAAGCUGGUUCACUCCCCAAACAGUGGCAAAGGCCAGGGAUAGGCCAAAGUCAGGAGUCAGGAAUUCUAACAAGGUCUCCCAUACAGGUGGCAGGGGAUAUCUUCUGUUGCUUUUCCAGGUGCAUUAGCAGGAAAUUGCAUUGGAAAUGGAGCAGCCAAGACUCAAACUGGCACUCAUGGGAUGCUGGCAUUACAGGCGACAGACUUAACCUGCUGCACCAUACCACUGGCCCCCGUGCUCAGUGCUUGUAGACUGAACAGUCUGCUUUAUACUGUACUUAGUGCACAGGAAUCCCAACAGUGGCAUCCUGGUGGCUCUGAAAUGCCUCUGCCCUGUCUAAUGCUUCCUGACAUGAACCAUCUCACUUUUUCACUGUUACUCUUUUUGUUCCUAUCUGCUUAUUAAUAAAGGCUUCCAGCUGUCUUCAGUCUUUUGAUGUCACUUUCAGAACAUGGGGUAACUCAGUUUUCAACCCUCUCUAGGAGCUUCUAACUCCUAAUCACAUAACUAAUAAUCACAUUUAUUAUACUUUCUGAUAUGGUUGGCCUUACAUAUGGGUGC